GUGUUACAGUCGUCUGUUGCUUUUGGGCCCUUUCAGUCAACAAACUGCUUUUCCUUUCAGUGUGACCUAAUUUUUGCAUUUGUUUAUUUGAUGAAAAUGCUUCGCUCCGGUCGCAAUUUGCAAUUCUUGUCGAAGAAUCUUGUUCGCGAAAAUUUGAGGCUACUUUCUUCAACUCCUCAGCCAGCCCCUAAGGAUGUCACCAAAAAGCCUGCCACUGAAAAGAAACUCGACAAGAAACCAGUCAAAUCAAGUUCUUUUGUUAUGAACUUAUUUCUUGGUUCCACCAACUCAUCACAAGUUUUCCCUUAUCCUGAUGCUCUUACUGCAGACCAGAAAGAAACUCUGCAGCUUUUAGUUGAUCCCACACACAAAUUUUUUGUAGAGGUCAAUGAUGCAGCCCUCAAUGAUCGUGAAGCCUCUGUACCUGAAGCAACAACACAAGGUUUAAGGGAGCUUGGUGCUUUUGGCCUUCAAGCACCUACUGAAUAUGACGGUGUAGGGUUAAACAACACUCAGUAUGCACGCCUAGUUGAAAUUGUUGGAGGGUUUGAUUUAGGAGUUGGUAUCUUUUUAGGAGCCCAUCAAUCCAUUGGUUUCAAAGGCAUCACUUUAUUUGGAAAUGAAGAACAAAAGAAGAAAUAUUUACCAAGAGUUGCCACUGGUGAAGCUUUUGCAGCAUUUUGUUUAACAGAACCUUCCAGUGGUAGUGAUGCCAACUCCAUCAGAUCUCGAGCUGUAUUAUCCCCUGAUGGCAAACACUUUAUUCUAAAUGGAUCGAAAAUCUGGAUCAGUAACGGCGGAUUUGCCGAAGUCAUGACCGUUUUUGCCCAAACGCCCGUAACUGACCCCGUCACCGGUGAGACGAAAGACAAGGUGACUGCUUUCAUCGUCGAAAGGGCAUUCGGUGGUGUUACUUCCGGCCCUCCUGAGAAAAAGAUGGGCAUCAAGUGUUCCAACACUGCUGAAGUGUACUAUGAUAAUGUACCCAUCCCUGUGGAGAACGUGCUUGGAGGAGUUGGGCAGGGUUUUAAGGUGGCCAUGAAUAUUUUAAAUAACGGCAGAUUUGGCAUGGCUGCUGCUUUGUCAGGCACCAUGAAGUCAUCGACCAAAGCUGCAAUCCAGCACGCCACUGCUCGCGUUCAGUUUGGCCGCCGCAUCGAUUCGUACGGAACCAUUCAGGAAAAACUUGCCCGUAUGGCUAUGCUUCAUUAUGUUACCGAGUCGAUGGCGUACAUGAUUAGCUCGAACAUGGACAAGGGAUCUACCGAUUUCCAGUUGGAAGCAGCUAUUUCCAAAGUGUUCGCGUCAGAAGCAGCAUGGACUGUAACCGACGAAGCCAUCCAGAUUUUGGGCGGAAAUGGAUUCAUGACUGGCAACGGAUUGGAAAAAGUUAUGCGUGAUUUGAGAAUCUUUCGUAUUUUUGAAGGAACGAACGACAUUCUUCGUCUUUUCGUUGCUCUCACCGGUCUUCAGUUUGCCGGUGGACACUUGAGGCAACUGCAAAAAGCUCUGAAGAGUGGAAACGUCGGUGUUAUACUGGGAGAGGCGGCCAAACGCGCAAAGCGAACCGUAGGAUUUAGUCAGACCAAUUCACUGGCUGAAGUUCAUCCUAAACUUGCUCUUCAGGGACAACUGACUUCUAAGGCUGUUGAAGGAUUUGGUAUAACAAUUGAAAGCCUGUUGGUCAAAUACGGAAAAGGCAUUCUUGAUGAACAAUUUCUGUUAAAUCGUGUUGCGUCUGCUGCAAUCGACAUUUACUCCAAUGUUGUCGUCCUUUCCCGUGCGACACGUGCCCUUAAUAUGAACAUCCCCUCAGCCAGUCACGAAGAAAUGAUAGCUCGUGUUUGGUGCAAUGAAGCAUUGGAUCGUAUUCAAUUGAAUUUGACUGCUGUCAAGUCGCAGUCCCAGCUGAGCAAUUUCACCACAAUGAGUCAAAUCGCCAAGGAAAUGUGUGAGAAUGGAGGUUUGAUCCAACAAAAUCCGCUGGGAAUUUAAAACUACCUUGAUUCACUGGAUAUAUAGGGCUGAAAUGAAAUGUAUUACAUGUCAAAACAAUGCAAAUCUUCAAACGUUUAUAAAAGCAAAUACGGAAAUUAUACUGGUGGGAAAUA